GGGGCGCGUUUCCAGGAAAACGAAUCCGAGAGAACAUCGGCGGUAAUCCGACUCGAGGGAAGUGCAUAAAGCAGACGGUGGAGCUCCUAAGCAGACACGCCGAGACGCUCUCGUGUAUCUUCUGUCUGCCGACUCUGAUCCUUGCAUAUUCCGCAGUUUCCAUCUCCAUGCAGGAUGUGGGGUUCACGUUCCGUCAAGAAAGAACAGAGACUGCGCUCAUGGGGAGUGAACGUGAAGCCGGAGAAUUUGAUUACUGGAAUCAUUUUGGGUUUCAUUUUGGGGUACAUCUCUGAUUUGUUCAUGAAUUCUAAGGGUAGCAUUGGUCGCGGCUCUGCACCGUCAUCGCAGUCGGGAAAUUCGUCGGCAUCACCCAGUGAUGACGACGAACUGAAGAUGGUUUUGGUUGUUCGACAAGAUCUGAAGAUGGGAACUGGAAAAAUUGCUUCCCAAUGUGCUCAUGCAGCUGUUGGAAUGUACGAUGAACUGCUACAAAGUCAAAGAUCCCUUUUGAUGCAAUGGUGGCAAUGUGGCCAGCCAAAGAUAGUUGUUAAAUGUAAAAAUCAGCGUGAGAUGGAUAGAUUAAAGGAUGAAGCAGAGGAUGUUGGACUCCCAACCUUUAUUGUGGCUGACGCUGGACGCACACAGAUAUCUGCUGGCUCACGAACUGUUCUUGCCAUUGGACCAGGAUCAAAAUCGACUGUGGAUUCUAUCACCAGAAAACUGCAUCUUUUAUGACAAAACAGCAGGAUGGGAUGUGAAUUAGUUGGCAAAUUUGACGAGUUCAUGUGCUCUCAGACAAGGUGGGAGACGACAGAUGAAUGCUUACCCAAUUAAUGCUAAUGGUGAAAUAGGUGCGUAGCUGCUGAAGAGUCUGCUGCUUUAUGACGUGAAGUUGCAAAUUCCCGCAUUCAGAAAUUAUGUCUCUUGUACUUCAAGUAUUUAAGUUUACCCGAAACCGACAAAGCUUUGUCCAUUUUCAAGAGCCAAUUAGAAGGGCGUGCUACUUCUUUCUGAAUAGCUGCUGCUAUUGAUCCUAAUAUAACAGUUUAGUUUGUCCAUAGGUUUAUCUUUCUUACGUGAACAUUAACCAAUCAGACGGUUCUAUGGUUGGAAGUUGGGUUAUCAUGUUUAUUCGUUCUUGUGUA